GGAUGCAGUAUCACAUUAACCGUUGUAAACAUUAAUUACCAAAAUUAAGUCAGGUUUUGCUGAUUUAUAUUCAAACCGAACACCCCCUUUCGUUCUCGCAAAAGCUGGAUUUCCUUUCAAGACAGCCCGUACCAUCGCCGCCGACUCGCCGACCAUCCCCACCUCCGCCGAAAAGACAGGCACCAUGAAUCCGCCGCAACCAGGGCCCGGCCUUCCGCGCCACCAGCACGUGCUCCACCUCCACCUCGACCCCCGCCAUCACCACCAUGUCCACAUCCACCUCUGCCACCACCUCCACGGCGCCCACUCGCUCGCUCCCGCGCCGCCGGCCUGCGUCCACCACCAGAGGCAGCAGCAGCAGCAUCCGGCCCCCGUGUUCUUCCCCAACUCCAACCUGGGCGCGGCGCCCUGGCAGCCGGAGCCGCCCCCCGCCGCCGUAGGAGAGGACGUCGAGGAGUUAGAUCCCGAGCCGGGGCUGCUGGGCGCGGAGGCGGCGGAGGACGAGGAGGAGGAGCCGGUGUUCGUGCUCACGGACGAGUGGGCGGAAUUCUUUGCCAAAUCCGAGGCCAAGAGGAGGCUGGCUAAACAGCAGAAGAAGAACAAGGGCCGGAAGUGAAGUGAUUGUGUCCUUUGGCACUUGCCAGGAGAGCAGAGAAGGCGCAGGAAGAAAACCUGAGCACACGACGAUUCAGUGGGCAACUGCCAUCAACACACGCAUGAGCAUGACGCCUUGCUUUGCCACAAAGUCAUGAUACAGCUAUCUGUCUUCACGGAAUUUUUGGAUUUACAUGGUUUUGAAUCCUGUGCUGUAUUUGUUGGAACUUUGAAAAAUUAGAAAUACUAAAUGUCGACACGUAAAAGUUGCUGGCCCGCCGCGUCGACCAUCGCCA